UUCCAAACCAACACUCAUCCAUUUUACCAUAAAGCCUAUAACACUCUCAUUCUCAUCAUAUCAUUCUUCAAUCUAUAUAACUUAUUCUUGAUUAUACCACACAUUAUAUUUCUGAUCAUAUCAUUCUUCAAUCUUAUCUAUAUAACCCGUUAUUCAUUAUACUUUACACACAUAUAUAUCUUUUUCAACAUAUUUUGGUAUCAUUGGUGAAUAAGAUUUUUAAAAAGUUUUUGAGAAAAAAAAAAUAAUUGAAAAAAUUCUAUUUUGGGAAUCAUUAACUCAAAAUGGAAGGUAAAGAUUUGUUAAGUUGGGAGCAAAAGACAUUGCUAAGCGAGCUUAUCAAUGGAUUUGAGGCGGCCAAAAAGCUUCAGGCACGAAUCGGAGAAGCUCCGUCGCCAUCAUCAUCAUUUUUAUCUCCGGCGACGGCUGUGGCUGAGACUAAUGAGAUUCUGGUGAAACAGAUAGUUUCUUCCUACGAGAGAUUUCUUCUUCUACUAAACUGGUCAUCCUCACCGACCGUACAACUUAUUCCAACGCCGGCUACUGUAGUCCCGGUGGCGAAUUCCGGCAGUGUUCCAGAAUCUCCGGCAUCGAUUAACGGAAGUCCGAGGAGUGAAGAGUUUGCAGAUGGAGGAGGUUCUAGCGAGAGUCACCAUCGCCAAGAUUACAUUUUCAAUCCAAAGAAAAGGAAGAUGUUACCAAAGUGGUCAGAAAAAGUGAGAAUAAGCCCAGAGAGAGGCUUAGAAGGACCUCAAGAUGAUGUCUUUAGCUGGAGAAAAUAUGGUCAAAAAGACAUUUUAGGCGCCAAAUUCCCAAGGAGUUAUUACAGAUGCACACAUCGUAGCACACAAAACUGUUGGGCAACGAAACAAGUCCAGAGAUCGGACAGUGAUGCAACGGUUUUCGAAGUUACGUACAGAGGAACACACACUUGUUCGCAGGUAAUCACACCACCUCCACCACCAGCCUCGCCGGAGAAGAAGCAAGAAGACACCAGAGUUAGACCAGCAAUUACCCAAAAGCCAAAGGAUCUUCUCGAAAGUCUUAAAUCCAACUUAACCGUUCGAACCGACGGGCUUGACGAUGGUAAAGACGUUUUCUCGUUCCCUGAUACGCCGCCGUUUUAUAAUUAUGGGACUAUCAACGGCGACUUCGGCCAUGUGGAGAGUUCUACUCCGAUCUUUGACGUUGUUGAUUGGUUCAAUCCAAUGGUUGAGAUUGACACAACUUUCCCCACGUUUUUAAACGAGUCGAUUUAUUAUUAAACAAAUAAAAUGUAAAAGAGAGAUAGAUAGAAAGUAAUCAGCGAGAGUUAAAAAGAUAACUUGUAUCCAUUUUUUUUUGGUUAAAACAUAAAAGUACUUAGAGUAAUCUAACGAUGCAUAAUAAGAAAUGUUCAACAGGACUUGAACAUGUUUUCAAUACUAA